AUGCUGCAAGAAGUGAUGCAGAAAUUCUCAGAUGGGAGGCCUGCUCACGCUACUGAACAUAUGGAUUUGGUUUCAAGGACCACCAAAAGAUCGCCUUUUGCAGAAUGGAUACAAAACAAGCCCAAACCACGGGACUUCGUAAUCCCUCCAUUACCCACAUUUAAUGGAAAAGGAGACCCACUCAAUCACCUAUUCCAACUCCAGCAGAAGAUGGCCUUGGAAGCCAACAACGAAGCCAUACAAUGCAAAGUUUUCUCCACAACUUUUUCUGGGCCAGCCCUGCUAUGGUUCAGACAGUUGAAACCUAAUUCUGUCAACAGUUUUCGUGAUCUUCGCAUAGUCUUUCUCCAACAAUAUAAUGCUAACCGCGAAGCACCAAGAACGAUGGCACAUCUCUACCAAAUCGAGCAAGGAAAAAAUGAACACCCAAAGUCAUACCUACAACGUUUCAUCGACCUCGUACAUCAGAUCCACGAUGUCGAACCAGUCACCGCGGCUAACCUCUUCGUCAAAAGUCUACAGGUGGGAUCUCUCUUACAUGAAAACCUCACCAUGACACCACCGUAUGACAUGACUGAAAUCCAGAUCCGCGCUGAGGGCGUCUUUAGGGUCCUGGAAUUUCAAGAGCGUGCACAAAAGAAGUCCGCACUUAUCUCCACUCCACCAGCAAAUAACCCUCCUCCCCCACCUACAAGGGACGACAAGAGGAAGAGACAGGAAACAGAUCACAUGAAAGGAGGAAAAAGGCCAAAAUCAAAUCGAGAUCCACCACGAUACCCCUCUUUCGAAUAUACCGUCCCUCAGGAGGUCAUCUACGAAGAAAACAAAGACAGACUCAUCUGGCGUGAACCGUACAAAAUCACCACUCCCCCUGAAAGAAGAGAUAAAAACAAGUUCUGCCUCUUCCACAAGGAUCAUGGCCAUACAAUCUCCGAGUGCCAUAACCUCCACAAUCAGAUACAGGCCCUCAUGAGAAGUGGACGAUUAACCUAG